AUGAACUUGAUCCUACUUUUAUCACUCAAUUUGCUAUCGGUUCAUGGAUUUUUCUACACCCUCUAUCCCCUAGUGGCUAUUAAGUCAAAUAAUAGGGUAAAGCUAUAUUGUCCCUGGAAUCAGCAUACUGAUGCCAACUUAACGUGUAGAUUUAAUAAAGAUGUUAUGGGUUACUAUCCGCUUCCCUCAACCGAUAAUACCACACCACUUGUAACUUCAAAAUUUCUAAACCCAUCACUACAAACUCCAUUCACCCGAGAUUAUUGCAAUUCGUUAAAGGAUGGAUGGUCUGCCAAAAAGGGAACUGAUAACGUUUGCAAGGAUUUUGCGUUCUGUUUCAAUGUUGCUGAUAGCAAAUGUGUUUGCUCAUGCCAAUCUGGUUUCUUCGGUAACCCAUACAAAGCCUGUUACCAACACUGUUCUACUGAUGAUGACUGUUCAAGUCCUUUGGCUGUUUGCAAAUUUGCUUCAAAUACUAAUGAAAUGAAAAGAUGUGUUUGCAAGGACAAAUAUGAAGGGAAUGGAGUUAUGUGUUACAAGAACCCAUGCGGAGACGAUAGAAGUUCCAAGUGUGGAGGUGUAGAGAACACAGUCUGUGUUCCAACAGGACCUGGUGAUGAUGAUUAUAAAUGUGUUUGCCCGUCAGGCUACUACGUUAAUCACGAGAAAACAUGUGUUCCAGAAGUUACUGUAACUAAGAGCAGUGUCAUCACUCUAGUUGUUAAAAACGUCCCUGACGGUAGCAGAGUUGAAGCCGGAGAGUGCCUUUCUUUCACUCUGAACGACGGGAGCAAGAGUGUGUUUUUCCACAAAAACUCUGGAGACUCCGUGUACGUAAAGAAACCGAUCAAAAAUGACGGGAAAUUUUCGAUAUUCUUUAUAGUCACUGACGAAGUCACAGCAUUUUCAAGCGUAACUUCUUCUGGAGCUGGACUCACAAAGCUCUAUUCUAUGUCCAGUACCUUCAUUGGAUGUAAAUUCGGCCACGUUAAAGUUUAUGAUCCCAAAGGCAGAGAGAUUUCUGGAUACGAAGAUUUGAAACAGUCUAAAAAGUUAAAAUUGGCAGCCUCUGGAGGUCAGGCUGCAGCUCCAACACCUCCAGGACAAAAAGGACCUGGAGCACACCCCAGAACUGGAGGAGCACCUCGUACUCAAGCAGUAACGGUAUCUUCGGAGCUAUCGGAUCCCUUAUCUACUCUAGAAUUAUUAUCGGCUCCAGUUGCGGCUGCCGUUAAAGCUAAGCCUGAAGUAGAAGUCCAUGUAAGAGAAUUGAAAGCAGACGAAUUAGCAGGAGGUUUAUCAUCAAGUGAUGUAGCUCAAAGACAAGCGGCUCUACAAUCGGGAAGUUCCUCCUCUUCUGGUGUUGGUUCAAGCGUAUUGCAAGCUUCAUCAACUGUACAAACGGUAAACGAACUUUAA